AUUGCCAAUACGCAAAGGUUGUCACGUCAAUAUAUACGCAACAUAUGUUUGAAAGCACAUCACUUUUUUGCCAUAUUCAUUUCAAGCAAGAGUAAACUAUAAACUGAGUAUAUUGAACAUACUUAACAGUUUAGUCAAACCUUAAACAAAAUAGUUUGAACUAACUGAAGCGCGUUGGAUAUACCAACAUGGAUGAAAGUCAGGUGGCGGAGAUUUUAUUCCCACCUGGUGUAAAAAAUGUGUCGUCGGAGAUGAGUCCGAGUGAACUGAUUAAAAUAUUAAAGAAAUGCUGUAAGUUUUUUUCCCAACUCGAGCAAGAUGAAGAAGAAAUGAAGCGCGAAUAUCUUCCUUUCUGUCAUUACAUCACAAUGGGUGAAUUCAUCAAUGAAACAACGGACGAACAUUGCAGGAUCCUCAUUGGAUGUAUUAUUGCUGACGUGUUUCGACUACAUGCUCCCGAAAAUCCUUUUCAAUCGGAAGAAAAAAUUAAAGAAAUCUUUUCGUUUAUGACGGAACAGUUGCGACAUCUAGAAGAUACAAAGGGAACAUUCUUUCCCAAAGCAUUCCAUAUUCUAGAAAAUGUUGCAACAAUAAAAUCCUUUAAUAUCUGUAUUGACAUGGAUGAUCCAAAUGCGGCACUUGAGAUAUUUUCUUCACUUUUCAAAACACUUUUCAGCACUGUCAACUCCGGUCACGAUAAACAAGUGAAGAGCCACAUGUUGGAUAUCAUGGCAUUUGCCAUCACUGAUAGCUCCACAGUGCCGGCAACAUUACUUGAUAUUAUACUAGAGAACCUCGUCACAGCUCAGCGAAUGAAUCCUUCAGCGUAUGAGCUUGCAUGUGAUUUAUUGCGCAGGACAGCUUCAGCAAUUGAACCAAGUUUGACGAUGUUUUUCCAAAACAUGAUAUUUGAAGAACAACCCGAACGCAGCAGAUUAUCACCACACUGGAUGAUGUUGAUUCCAAAGCUUUACAAAAUUACACCAUCUUUAAUGACCAACACACUUCCACAGCUUGAACUUAAGCUAGGGGGUCCUGAUCCGAAAGUAAGACUUGAUGUUGCUACAAUGUUGUCGGAGAUGUUUUCCAAUAAAGAUUCCGACCUUGUUACGCAACAUCCAGCAUUAUGGACAAGUUUUCUUGGAAGAUUUCGCGACAUUGAUCCAACUUUGAGAUGCACCUGCGUCAAGUUUUAUGGAAAAUUGCUGAUAAAUCAUGAAGCCCACUUCCAGUAUGUGAAGGAUGCAUUUGAGGAAUUCAAACGAUUCCGCAACGAUACCGAUGAAAGUGUACGCUUUGCAGUGGUGGCUUGCAUUCGUGGGAUCGUGUUAAAGGAUAUACAACUUGCAUCAAAUGAACUGCUGACUUUUUUAAAAGACAAAACAAAGGAUAAAAAGUGGCCUGUAAGAGAAGCUGCCAUACGUGCGAUAGGACUCAUCUAUAAACAAUACGUAACUUGCGAAGAUGCUUCAAGGAUCCAUUGUAGAAGACUUCAAUGGAUUAGAGACGUUGUGUUGCAGGAUUAUUACACACCGCAUAAAGAUGACUGGUGUUUGGUUGAACAUGUGAUGGUUACUUGUUUGGUUCCUUAUGCUGUUCCUGAUAGAAGGCGAAUGACGUUAUUGUUCGAGCUUUAUGCUUCAAUUGGCCGUUUUUCCAUUCAAACUUUUGAAGAAAUGCUGAAGAAGUCGCGUACUUUACAUUUAGCUUUGCGAAACAUCGUUGCUGCAUUUGAUCUUACUAAUGAAGAAGAAAAAAAUCGGAUAAUUUGGUCCAAAAUCGUUUUCUCAGCUGCCCAGUUAACUGGAACACCACAAGCCACCCAUCAACAUUUGAAGAAAUUCUUCCGGCAUGCAGACCAAGAUGUGAAAAUCAAGCAGUGGUUGAAAUAUAUUGUUUCUGACCAUUAUUCAUGCAAGAAGGUAGCAGUGGCAUUGAGAGAUUUACUGAAAAAAAUUGAAGAUGAUGGCUUGGCGAAAGGUGCACGUAGCACUGCUCAACAAUUACUACAACGUUGUUCUAUAUUGCCAAUUCUUGUGGACCAAGAAUCUCUCAAAAUAUUGUUUGAGUUGGUGAAGGAAUCCUUGGAUGGAAUAUCCAUUGUUGAUGAACUGAAUGGUGGUAGUGCACAAGCAAAGGCCAUGGAUCUACUACAGCAUCUCUCGGGUUGCUCCCCUCAACUCUUCUCAUCCUCCGAAUGCUUCGUUGAUCUGAUGGGUUUCAUCCGUCGCACUGAUGAUGAAAUCGUCGUCCAUAAAGCUCUCCUGAUCCUCAAGAACACCGGAUUCAUCAUUGAGGAAAAAUUCCCUGAAAUUCGCUCAGUUCUUAUACCUGAGUUGAAAAGUAAAGCAAAGUCUGGCCCUGCACAACACGCAAAACACGCAGUGUUGACCAUCAACCAGUUUACUUCUGUGAAGGAAAGUCCAUUGAUGCAGGUGUUUGAAUACUGCAAGGGUAUUGCCUGUACCGAAGGUAUAGGUUAUUCGGAGAUGCAAACUGCCCUGACAUCUAUCGGAUGUAUUGCGGAAGUUAUACCCGCGGCAUUUCCUGGACAAUUGCGAUACUUUAUUGCUUCUGUGGUUGUUAAACAGGUUAUAAUGAAGACUGGUAACAAGAGUGAUACUGCAUCAACAAAGGGGAGAAAGAAGGAACAAACUUGGUGUGAGAAAGUGGAAAUAUCAAGUGAAUCUAAAGCUAAGAUAGCAGGUAUGAAGUGUAUGGUUCGGUGGUUACGAGGGUUGAGCUCCAAUGAUACUGAGGGCUGUUGUGGUAAAACAUUAAGAUUGUUACAACAUAUGCUGCAUAAUGAUGGUGACCUUAUGAAGUGCGGGAACAUAUCAAAGGCUGAUAUGUCCCAUCUUCGGCUACAAGCUGCCAGAUGUGUGUUAAAGAUAGCUGGUAUAAAGGAAUACAGAAACAUACUUAAACCUGUCGUACACCAGGAACUAGCCAUGCUUAUCAAUGAUCCUGUUUUAGAAGUUCGGAAAAUCUUCUUAAACAAAUUAUACUGCGCGGUGUUUCGGCUGCAAAUCAGUCUUUCUUUUCUUGCCCUCUUCUCGUUUGUAUCUCAGGAAACUGUGAAGGUACAAAGAGAACAUGGAGCGUCGCUUUAUAAUAAAAUUAUCACCAGAUUCCGGGAUUUGAAAAAACAAGCAAUAAUGAGAAAUCUAAUGAACCCGGUGAUGCCGGAAGACAUGUUGCCUUACCUCAUAUAUCUCAUGGCUAAUGAUCCUGACUUUGUGGAAGGAAUAUCGAGGAAAAGUCUCGCAAGAAUUAAAGAUUGCAUCCACUUCAUUCUUGAUCCUCUGCUGGCCAAAGGACAUCCUGAGAGCUUCGGAUUCGUGAUGCGAUUUGCCGCCAAUGUGAAGCGAAGCCGUAACGCAGAGGAACCUGAUGAUGUACAGAGAAAUGAGAACAUAUACGCUGUGUGCGAUCUUAUUAUUCAACAUGUUCUUAAAAGAUCUGGACAACUGGCUGUGGCAAUAUUGGACCCUCCUGAAAGCUCCAUUAUACGUUAUAUACCUUCUGCACUUUACACAACGCCAACCGGACCUGAAAACGACAAAGUUUAUCUUCCUCGAGAAUUCUACACAAGCGCCAAGUCAGUCCCCACCCUUGCUACUACUGCUGCUAUGGGAGGUGAUAAAUACAGAAGGAACCUUGCUCACCAUGGGACCAGCGAAAUAUUUGGUUUUGGAUCUGACGAUCAGAAAAAGCAGGCCAAGAAAAAAUACAAGUCACUUGAAAUAACAGGAGGAGAUCUAGUCAGGAAAAUACCGAGCCCUAAGAAACCAGCCGUGCAUGACCAAUCAAGUUCUGCUUCAGCGAGCACAGCUUCACCCAUGGCGAAACAGUCGUCAUCAGAUUUACCCACACCCCCAACCUCCCAAAGCUGUUCCACACAAAGCUCAUCUUCACAGGGAGAGGGAGCUAAAGAGAGUCUGACACCAGUAAGGAAAUCCUCAAGAAUAAGAAAACCCACUCGGCAUCAUUCUCCCUCCCCUCCUGCCAAGCGAGGAAGAUCUUCCAUUCAAUCAAAACCUCCACGUAAAAAGACGUCACCCACUGAGGACAGCAUGGGGGAUGAAGCUUCAGAGUCGGAGUCAGAUUCGGGAGAAAACGAAGCAACUACAUUAGCCUGGGAUGAAUCCGCAGCAUCCACCAGUGAACCUCAAAGUAAUUCUCCCGUGAAACGAACAUCUCUGGCUCGAGCAAAAGGAAGUUUGUUGAUCGCUUCCACUUCAGUUAAAGUUCCUGUAAGGAAAACACUUGGAGUGAACAACAACAACAUAACUGAUUCACAGUCAUCAGAUGAUUCCAUGGGUGUCCGACGUUCUAACAGAAGAAGAGGAAAGUAGAAAAACGAUGUUUCCGUUUUGUUUACGAAUAGUACUGCCUUCAUUCAAUACUGCAAAGACCUGCAACAUAACAUCAUCAUAUAACCAGUAUAAUUUAUUGUGUAAAAACUGGUCACAGUGUAUUUUGUCGCUGCUUUUGCUCAAUAAUUUUUUAUCUAAAUUUGCUUAUUGUGUGCACACCAUCAAGACAAAAAUGGCUUUGUAAGAAAGUAAAGUAAAAUUGUGUUUAAUUUGUUUUUGUUUUUUACUUUACACAUUCUUUUUGUUUGUUUCAUGUUUGUUGAAGUUUUGAAAAAGAAAGUUGUUUUUUCGAUACUGUUUUUCGUUUUGUUACAUACGAAAUAUGUCCUAAAAAAGCAAACGAAUUUUAUUAAAAAAGUUGAACGCAUUUAUAUUAUUCUUUUAUUAAAAUUUUGUUAAGACUAA